AUUGUAUUUAUUAUUUUUCUUUCAGUCCUGAGAGGAGAGAAAAUUAGAAAAUAUACAGAAAUAGAAUGAAAGGAGAAAAAUGAUGGAGCUUGUUAGCAACCAAAGUAGAGAAGACUUAGAGUUGGUGACCAAGGAACAACCUCAUAUUCUUCCAAUAGCUCAAUUCAAACCCUAAUAGAAUGUUGUCACCAUGAAUUCGGUGUCACCUAAAAUGGAUGCAAUAAUGGAUAUCAAGAACUUGACAGACGAAAACGACAGUGCAUCUAAGCGAGAUUCUAAACUAAACUAUGAUAAGUUCAAUGUAGAAGCUGAAAUCACCAAGAACUUUAAAUUCACCCUGGGAAUGGAGUUUUCUUCUCUUCAACACUUUAAGGAUGCUGUUCUAGAGCACAAUACGUUAAAUGGCCGGAAAAUAAAAUUCACGAAGAGCGACAGAUUGAGGGUUAGAGCUGUUUGUAAGUUUAAUGAAAAAUGUGGAUAUGUCAUUUUGGUGAGUAGGGUGGUAAAGACUGUCAUAUUUAGGGUGAAGACACUAUGCCCCGAGCAUACUUGUGGAAGGGUGUUUGCUAACAAGAGUCGUAGGUCUAAGUUGUUUGCGAAAGCCUCAGCUAGACAAGAGCUGCCAAAACUGCGAAGUUCCACAACUGCGAAUAAAAAGAGGAAGAGGUCUAAGGGAAAGAAUCCAAGUAAUGUCAAACCGACGAAGAAGAAAACAAGAAAAGGACUCCAUGCGAGUAGUAGUUUGAAGAACAAUGGAGGAUUAGAGCAACAACAAUCCAAAGUGUUUGUUGAUGGAGAGCCUCUCAACCAUAAUCAAGAAGAUAUAUUGGCUAGAAACACAUUUGCUCAGGCAGAUUCUGCAAUGAACCUUGUAGCAAAAGCUGCUGAUGAAAAUAAACGAAAGAAGAAAGUGAUAAGAAAAUUGAACUUAAAGAAGACGAGGACUAGUGAUAGAUUAAGAGCUUUGAACGUGAGAAGAAGAGUACAUGAUGGUCCUGGGAGUGAUGCAAAAAGUCCGAUCGUGAUUGAUGAUGAUCAUGAUGAUGAUGAUGCAAGUCCAAUCGUGAUUGAUGAUAAUGAUGAUGGAGAAUCAUAUGAUCCGAAAUUUGGUAGCUGCAUGCAUGCCUUGAGAAAUUGGAAUGAAAUUUCCAAAAGUUAGACUCAAUGACCACAUUAUGCUUUUUUUUAGGACUUUGAUCUGGUGGUACAAAACCAGUAACUUCACUUUUAUACUAGGAAUGUGUAAAAAUAUAUUAUAUUAAUGGUAUACAUAAAUUAAAUCA